CUGGCCGCGGGCGCCCGCUGUAAACAUACAACAUGGCGGCGGCGGCUCCAGGCGCUCUGGGCGCCUUGAGAACCGGUCGCGUCCGCCUGGUGGCCGCGUGCUGCGCGCGGCUCGGCCCCGCGGCCUGGGCUAGGGGUACCGCCCCGAGGAGGGGCUACAGCUCUGAGGUGAAGACGGAGGAUGAGCUGCGCGUGCGGCACCUGGAGGAGGAGAACCGAGGCAUUGUGGUGCUCGGGAUUAACAGAGCUUAUGGGAAAAAUGCACUCAGUAAAAAUCUCCUCAAGAUGUUAUCAAAAGCAGUGGAUGCAUUAAAGUCAGAUAAGAAAGUUCGGACCGUUAUCAUCAGAAGUGAAGUCCCUGGGAUAUUCUGUGCUGGUGCUGACCUUAAGGAACGAGCCAAGAUGCAUUCCAGUGAAGUUGGUCCCUUUGUCUCCAAGAUCCGAGCUGUGAUCAAUGACAUUGCAAACCUCCCCGUGCCCACCAUCGCAGCCAUAGACGGCCUUGCGCUCGGAGGGGGUCUGGAGCUGGCGCUGGCGUGCGACAUUCGAGUAGCAGCUUCCUCUGCAAAAAUGGGCCUGGUUGAAACAAAGUUGGCAAUUAUUCCUGGCGGAGGAGGGACACAGAGAUUGCCACGUGCCAUCGGGAUGUCCCUGGCUAAGGAACUCAUCUUCUCUGCCCGAGUUCUUGACGGUCAAGAAGCCAAAGCUGUGGGCUUGAUCAGCCACGUGUUAGAACAGAACCAGGAAGGGGAUGCAGCCUACAGGAAGGCGCUGGACCUGGCGAGAGAGUUUCUACCUCAGGGGCCUGUUGCAAUGAGAGUGGCCAAACUAGCAAUUAACCAAGGGAUGGAGGUCGACUUAGUAACAGGGUUAGCCAUAGAAGAAGCCUGCUAUGCUCAGGGUCGGGGCAGCGGUGACUCCUCAGUGUCCCCGUCAGCUUCAGGUCAGGAGCUGAGCUCAUGCGCCAAGGCAAGACCAAGAAGUGGAGCUUCUGACACACGUCGAAAAGACCAUCUCAACAAAGGACAGACUGGAAGGUCUUCUUGCUUUUAAGGAGAAAAGACCCCCUCGCUACAAGGGAGAAUAGGAGGAAAGCCCACCGCAGCCUCCCAUAGUGCUGGAAGCAGUUCAGAGCCUCCCCGUGCCGCCACGGGGAAUUGCAGUGACCAAAGUGGAGAGUGGGUUCUCACUACACCCGGAGCAGGCCCAUCUGUACUCAAGCCACUGUGCGCCAUGUCAUAUUUAUUCAGAUUUAUAAAGCUAGCAAUGUCCGUGGUAAAAACACGUAAAAAUUAGGUGUAUGUUUUUAAUAUUUCCCGCAUAUCAGGCUUUGUCGUUAAUUUUUUAAUGUGAAUAAUUUAUAUUGCACACUCUAGGGAAUAAUUGAUUGUAUGUCUACCAUGCUGCAUUAAGAAAAUAAAACUAUUUCUGUAUCCCAAAAA